AUGUCUCAUGCGGACGGGUCUGUGCCAUGCACGCCUGUCGUAGGCGCUGUAUGGCCAUCGCCCACGCCAGAUUCGCCGGGCGCCUCGAGCAGCUCGAGCGUGUUGUCCGAGGAGCGUGUCCGCCAGGUCGUCGCUCAGAGCGCCGCGCGCUGGGAAGUCGACAGCGACGUGGAUGCGUGCCGUCGGUGUGCGCGCCGGUUCACUCUCUUCUUCCGCAAGCACCACUGCCGGCGGUGCGGCCAGAUCGUAUGUGACGCAUGCUCAUCGCACCGCGCCGUCCUGCGCGCGCAGGAGCUGGUCAUUGAUCCCAUGCUCCCUGAGAUGCUCGAGAGCGAACUCCAGCACCCUACACGCGUGUGCGAUACGUGCGUCGAGGCCUACGGGCUCGAGGCGCCACCGCCCGCGCCCGGCCUCUCGCGUCUGUACCAGGUCCUGCGCUUCGAGGCACCAGGCACGCAGCCCGAGGCAGACGACCCUUUGAGCCGCUCCAGCAGCACGCUGAACGAGUGCCCCGCUUGUGACCGGCCCCUGUCGACCUUCCCUACCGCGGAAGCACGCGAGCAGCAUGUGGCGCAGUGCCUCGAGCACGCCGUGCGCCCCGGUGCUGCGCACCGCACUCACUACCUGGCCUCGCAGCUCACGGCCGACUCGCCCCUGAUCGGCAAAGAGUGUAUCAUUUGUAUGGAAGAGUUUGCGCCACACGACCACAUUGCGCGCCUCACCUGCUUUUGCUGCUACCACUACGCUUGGUACGACAAAGACCUGCCCUGUCCAUGA